AUGUCUUCCAAAUUCCCACUCACACUCCUCCCUCCUCCACUCUCGCAGCAUGUCUACAUAACAGGCGGCUCGCAAGGCACAGGUCUCGCCCUCGCCAAGCUUCUCGCCGCCCGCGGGGCCCGUAUCACCAUCGUCGCGCGCGAUGUCGCGAAACUCGAAAAGGCCGUUGAGGAGAUCAGGAGGGAAAGUUCCCUCGCUACUGAGAACAGUGAGGGAAAGCAGGUGGUCAUAUACGAGAGCGCGGAUCUGAGGAACGCGGAGGGAAGUGCGAAGGCUUUGAAGAAUGCGGAGGAGCGGAUGGGGGCUAAAGUCGAUUAUGUGUUUUUGUGUGCUGGUGGGGCGCAACCGGGCAUGUUCAUCGACCUCCCCGCCUCCUCCCUGGCGCACGAAAUGGAGCGCGACUACCUCACCGCCGCCUACACCGCCCACGCCGCCAUCACCUCCUUCACCACGCACCCUAAGCCCCACACCUGCCGGCUCGUGUUCGUCAGCUCCAUCCUCGGCCUGAUGGGCUUGGUCGGGUACACCGGCUACAGCGCCGCCAAGCACGCCAUCCGCGGACUGGCGGAUAGUCUGAGGAUGGAGAUGCAGAUGUAUGGGAUUAAGAUCCAUAUUUUUUACCCCGGCACCAUUUACUCGCCCGGGUAUGAGGAGGAGAAUAAGACGAAGCCGGCGAUUACCAAGAAGUUGGAGGAGGGGGAUGUGGGCGUAACCCCCGAAAAGGCCGCCGAGAUUUUGUUCAGAGGCGUUGAGAAGGAGCAAUAUAGCAUUGUGUGUGAUUUCACGGGGGAGCUGAUACGGAGUGCGACCAAAGGAGCGGCACCAGCAAACAACGGCGUUAUGGACUUCAUAAACACAAUCAUCGGCUUCAUCGGCCUGACAUUCUGGCGUAGUGACUGCGAUAAGCAGAUUCGUUCACAGCGUAAACGCACUUAG